AUGGCGGCCUCCGCACUCUCGGGGAUGAUCGAUCCCACCAAGCCAGCCGAGUACCCUAUCAUCCUUGGAGAUCGGCUGGCCGGAAAGACGGACAAAUCCCUCUCACAGCUGGUUAACAUUCAAUAUAAUUACAAGACCAAGUCAACAUCCUCACAACAACGAUCCGUGAUCACCAAAUCCCCACACUCUCGAGACCAUUUCAAUCUGACGAUUACCGAUAAAGCUCCGAACGCGGAGCAGAACGUCCUGACCUACUCGUACCAAGGCAGCGUUGACCCAACACAGAGCGUCUCAGACUCACACGAACACAACCUGGUACUUGUCUUUGAUCCGAACAGAAAGGCCUUUGUGUUAGAACCGGUUUCUACCCAGAUCAACUUCAAUCUCCGCUCAGCUCCCGCCAAAACACAGAAACAGGUGAUUGCGCAAUAUCCCCAACUCAGGACUUUACAAGAGGAUGAGCAUGGCUUAGGGGAUGAUCGCGGAACCGAUAAUACGAGCGGAAACGACAAUGGGCCGGCCGAAGAUGAUAACCCAUACGACUUCCGCCAUUUCCUUCCAAAGGGCAAGAACAAUCAAGAUGACGAUAAGCUAGCUGCUGGAAAUGCAACUCCAGAGCCGUAUUCUACUACCAGCAAGACGAGUACCCCUCUCAUAGCGGCGGCGAAGCCAGCUUUGAGCCCUCGACCACGUCCAAAGACGCAGACCAAUCCUCUGCGCCAGAAGAAAGCCACAGCCGAAAUCGCACGGCACAAUAUUGCGGUACCUCGGAACCCGACACCAAAAUCCCCUCUCAGACUCCCUGAAAGGAACGAAAAUAAGGCCAGGGAUAUCAAGCCUCGCGUAGAGCGGCAAGAGCCCGAAGAGAUUGUUUUUGAGUCCAAAUCCUCGCCUUCCGACGCCGGAACUGGCGCAGUGUCAUCGCAAAGAAACGCCCCAUCGCCUGGGUCUAAUAUUAUCAUCGAUGGUGACCUUAUCAUUGACAUGGGUUCUCCGCCUCCAACUCGCCCCUUCAAAGUAAACCCUGCUCAUUUCUCAUCGAACAAUACGCCGGCGACUAAUGACGAUGAGGAUAACGGGGACGAAGACGUUGAGGCUCUGCGGCUUCCAUCUCCGGUUCCAGCGGCACAAAGAUCGGGACCGACUGCCGGAUUCCAUACAAAUGAGGACCAAAUGUACCAAGGUGAAGAGGACGCUGAGGAUGAGGAUGACUUGCUGGCCGCAGAAAUGGAAGCUGCAUUUGAAGAGGAAGCCCGAAACCAACAAAUGCAGCCACAGGUGCAGACUCAUCAGUAUAUUCAGAGUGAUGAUGAAAGCGAAGUUAGUGAGGAAGAAUAA